UUAAGUAUCUUGAUCUUUGAAAAGAUUCGCUCACAUAUGGACUGAUCAGGGCGGUAUACUGCUGAUACCUUCGUGUGGUCUGCCCAUUGUGACUAUGUUGGCCACAUUGGAUAUCUCUUCUGUUAAAGAUCACCAGGGCAAACUGAUCAGCUUUACUCACGGGACUGGUUCAGUGACUUUCUUCAUGUCAUUCUUUCCUCUCGUCAGUAACAGUUGCGUUGUUUCAGCUAUCCUGCGAUCUUUUGGGCUUCCGAGUCGGUCACCCGGCAUGUCUAGCUGUUGUGUCGAGAGUCCCGCAACGUUUCGGUGACGGCGUGCCAGAAUAUGGCGCACUGCAUCAUCUGUAUUUCAUACUUCAUGUCCAUGACAUGCCCCGGUUCCCAAUUGAACGACUGCCAGCAGCAACCGUAUCAUCCUCAGAAAAUGGGAGAUGUUUUGCAUUGUACCAGCAUCUUGCUUCUCGUGUUGCGAUGCACUCCACGACAAAACUUUGACAGCUACCCUCGCGCCAAGGUGGCACUGGAACAGGCACAGACUGACUACCGACUACUGGCCAAGAUUCUUGCUACUGCGCCAGGACCCCUGGCGCUCCCGGGGUCUGAUCCUGAGCGUCUCCUGCAAGCACAUCGGGGGCUCCUGUCACAUCAGAAGUACUGGACAGAUGCGGAUCCAUCAACGAUUUCGCUGGAAGAGGUGAAGAGCAGUCUAGACGAAGAAAACGAGGAUGCAGGGCAGGGAAAUCAGAUGGAACGACAGAUGAUAAUGCUUCAUGACAGUCUCCUGCAGUUUGGUUGCCCUUGAUAGGCGAGAUCUGUGUUAUACUGCGUAUAUGUUCUUACUGGGCAUACGGCCACUGUGACUGUAGGAUAAUCAACCAAGUCCAAGUGAGAUAUGCCUUUUAUUGUACUAAAGUGGAC